UUUGGCGGCUGACAUCCUGACAAUUAAAAGCAAAUUUUGUUUCAAGAUUACAAGCAGAUUUUUGGUUAAGUGCUGAGUGGUGAUUUUGUUAUUCUGCAUAAAAAUGCCUCCUGUUUUUAGUGGAUAUUCUACCAUGGUAGAUGAUUCAAAUGAUUGGAGAAAUGCCCCGCACAGUACGGGGACUUCUAUCAUGGCAGCAGAAUUUGCUGGUGGUGUAAUUAUUGGUGCUGAUUCAAGAACCACUACAGGAGCUUAUAUUGCUAAUCGUGUUACUGACAAGCUGACUAAAAUAACAGACCACAUAUAUUGCUGUCGUUCUGGGUCUGCAGCAGAUACGCAGGCUAUUGCAGAUAUUGUCAAAUAUCAUCUUAAUUUUCAUGGAAUGGAGCUUGGUGAAGAGCCCCUAGUGGAAGUGGGUGCAGCCAUAUUUAGAGAACUUUGUUACAGUUAUAGAGAUUCUCUUAUGGCAGGCAUCCUUGUUGCAGGAUGGGACAAGCGUAAAGGCGGUCAAAUUUAUUCCAUUCCUAUAGGAGGCAUGUGUGUUAGGCAGCCUGUGUCAAUUGGUGGUUCAGGUUCUAGUUAUGUGUACGGUUAUGUAGAUGCUAACUAUAAACCGAACAUGUCUAAGGAAGAAUGUGCUAAAUUUGUCGCCAACACUUUGGCACUUGCUAUGUCACGGGAUGGGUCAUCAGGAGGUGUAGUUCGACUGGGUAUUAUUACAGAAGAAGGAGUUGAACGUAGAGUUAUUUUAGGAAAUGAAUUACCUAAAUUCUUUGAAGACUAACACUAAAAUUUGUAUUCUAUGCUUCUAUUUAAUAAAAAAACUCAUCCUAAUA